GUUUGGCUUGAGCAACAAGUUUGAUACAGAAUUUCCUUCUGUUCUGACAGGGAAGGUUGCUCCAGAAGAAUUCAAGACCAGCAUCAGUCGGGUGAACGCCUGUUUAAGAAAGAACCUCCCUGUCAACGUCAAGUGGCUGCUGUGCGGCUGUCUGUGCUGCUGCUGCACGCUGGGCUGUAGCCUCUGGCCUGUCGUCUGUCUUAACAAAAGAACUAGAAGAUCAAUUCAGAAGUUAUUAGAAUGGGAAAAUAACAGACUAUAUCAUAAGCUUGGUUUGCACUGGAAGCUGAGUAAAAGGAAAUGCGAAACUAGCAAUAUGAUGGAAUAUGUAAUAUUAAUAGAGUUCUUACCAAAAUACCCCAUAUUUCGACCUGACUGAGGAACAGCAUUCGGUCUCUCAUGUUACCUGUCAUUUUCUACCCUUAGUGCCUUGUAGAUGAUUUUGGAAAGAAGAUGGUCUACUUUGCUGUGACUUAAAAAAUGUUCUUCAAUAGAAUAUCUUCCUUGCUAUGUUACUUUCUUUCAUUAAGAAGAGAACAAUUUGCACAUUUUUUUUAUGUUAAACGAGGCUUCUAUGUUGCACUCUGAAUUUUUAACAUUGACUGAUAUAGUUGCCACUAGGGAUCUAACAUCAGUGCUGCUUAAACUUGUUCUGAGCAUGCUGCCUUAUUCAUUUCUAUAUUUGCUGUUCUCAAAUGUGCAUCCUAAUGCUAUGUCAUACAAUAUUUCAUUCGAAAUGUCGCAAUCCUAUAAACCCUCUGUAGAAACGUCCAGGUAAGCGUCUAGCAGUAACGAUUUUAGUAUAACUUGCUCGCAUAGGACUUGCAAUCAACAGCACUGGUUUUGUCCUGCACUUUGCAAAAUCAUCAUUUACAUUAGGGGGUUAAUUAUUUUACCCACGAGGGAUUUGUAAAUACUGACUCUUUGCAUAAUGUCAAGUGUGGUCUGCGAAGGUUUACAGAAUGUAAUAUAGCUCUUACUCUGUUGCCAACAGCCCGACGUCGUUUUAUUCAUUACAUUUGCUCAUAUCCCUCUCAUUGUACAGCCCCGUCCACAGCCCAGUUU